AUGGCCAGAAUGGAUACUCCAUUUGAGCGACCGCAAACACCUCCAUGCUCGUAUCCCCUUACGCCACCUUCCACCGGCGGUCCGAGGAAACGCGUGCGCUUCAGCGAUGUUGAAGAUUUCAAAAGCAAGGCAACACGCGCUAACGCUGUUAGUGAAGGGGAGUCACCUGAUACCUUUUUCGAAGAGCUCGAGGAAGCUUUUGAUACCGAGACCAGCAAUGGUAGCGACGAUAGCGAGAGUAUUCCACCAGCAAGCAACACCGUCCCUCCGUCUCCAACUUCGACAGGCUUCUCCAAGACCAAGCCCACAGCUCUCGAGAAGCACAGCAUGUUCGCCUCUUUAGCCUUCACUAUCGAUGCACCUACCACUAUCACUGAGCCGUUCCGCUUCAUGGACCUCCCUAUUUCCAUCCGCAACCAGAUCUAUGCGCACCUCCUCGUCGUCCCGGGUCUGAUAUGUGUUCGUCAGAAGCGCACUAUAUUUCACAACGAAAAGACAGCAUUCCUCUACACCGAGCGCCGCGAGUUUCUCCCCGGUAUUGCAUACGCCCUCGUCCACCUCCACGUUGACGAACACAAGACUCGUUUUGCGCUUGUCGGCCGCACCAAUAUCAACAUCCUCCGUGUCAGUAAGGAGGUUUUCGCCGAAGCCAAAGCUGUUCUAUAUGGCAAGAAUGCAUUCGAGGUCGUCAGACCCACAAACGAGCUCUGCCCGCCGCCUGACUAUAGUGUUAGGCUUUUCCCUACAGGAUGUCAGCGUCUUGUUACUCAGCUCAACAUUAAGAUCCGCUCCUUCUAUGACCUCCAUUGGCUGCUAAGUGGUGGUUACAACGACAUGAAGAACCACUACCGCGGUCUUGUUUCUCUCAACCUGAUUUUGGAGAUGGACUCGGUGAGUAAGGGCUUUGGUAAGACUUGGACUAGGAUGGGCGUCGAGGAGAAGUGGGAGUGUUAUGUUCAGCGUCUCCAGGGAGAAGUGGCGAAAGAGCUCUCCAAGAAGACGCAGGUCAAGGGCACAGACAUCAAGACUGUUCCGGCUUGGAUGAAUCUCCGCAUCCUAUUCUCGGGUGAGGGAUACGAUGAGAGAAUGGGUACCGUUGCCGAUGUCGGAGACGUGCAGCGGGUAAAGCAGGACGAAAUGAGACAAGGUUUGACAGAGGCUUGGGAGUUGUUCAAGAAGCGGGCGAAGUAG